CCAAUCGGUGUCUCCGGUGCUAGCAACUAAUGGCUCCAACCCUUUGGUCGGCGAGGAGCAAGUGGAAGCGAUGUUCUUCCCACGGCCAUGGCUGGGGCUCCUGAGGCGGCAGCUAAAGCCGGUGGGAAGAAGAAUCGGCCACAACGGCAUCGCCGAAGCCUAAGAGAUCCGGCCCGGCCCUCUUGAGACGCCCGUCUGGGCGGUGAACGUCGGAAACGCUGAAGCUGGCGAGCCGGGGCCCCGAGUUAGGAGCCCCUCCUGCGUUGCGGAGCUCGGCUCCCCAGAGCCUCGCCCCGGCUCAGCAGAAGAGGAUGAAAAAGCGCAAGGAGCUGAACGCGCUCAUAGGCCUCGGCGGUGGAAACGGCGACCGGGGAAGCGGCAGCGGCGGAGGCGGCCGGCUCAAAAAGAAGCAUCCCAGGAAAGGCUCUGCCUCAGGUCAUCGGUUGCUCCGCACCGAGUCUGCCGAGAGCAUCACCAGCAGUUCCUCCGAUCCGGAUUACGGGGACAGAUUCGGACUGCAGGGCUCCCGCACCCGCUUUUCUAAGGGUGACUACCUGCGAUGCUGCAAACUCUGCUGCCCAUUAUGUACUUUUGUCAUCCUGGCUGCUUGUGUGGUGGCCUGUGUUGGAUUGGUAUGGAUGCAAGUUGCUCUCAAAGAAGAUCUGGAUGGAUUAAAGGAAAGAUUUAGAACCAUGGAAUCUAAUCAAAAAACCUCAUUUCAAGAAAUUCCCAGAAUGACUGAAGACCUUCUUAACAAAGAAAAGGAAUUGGAAAAAAUUAAGAAUGGAGAUUUGGGGAUAAACAAAAUAUGGAUAAACAUCACUGAAAUAAGCAAACAGAUAUCUUUGUUGAUGUUGGCAGUAAAUCAUCUCAAAGCAAAUAUUAAAUCUGCUUCUGAUUUAAUUAAUCUUCCUGUUACAGUGGAAGAGCUUCAGAAAAGUGUCGCUACUAUAGGUAGCACAGUAACUAGUGUUCAUCAUGAUGUUGAGGCCAUGCAAGCAGCAAUUGAAGAGCAAAAGAAGACUCUAGAAAUUCUCCAAAAAGAAAUAAAUGAACACACAGAAGAUGUUAAACAAAAACAUUUACCUUCCUUUUCCUCCUCUUCUGUCCCCCAGAUAAAUGAAAAGAAUAUGACGAACAUUUGUAAACAGGAUAACCAAUAUCUAGAUAUCUCUAUAGAGGAAAUGAACUCUACCCUAAUGUUACAUCAGAAAUUGAAUGAUUUAAAAUUUUUCAAUCUGGAUUCCACAGUCACCAAUCUAAGCUGGAAAAUUACUUCCUUAGAAAAUCAUAUGUUCGUUGUGAACAAAGCGGAAAAUAGAAGGAACCUUACCUUUGGUAUGGUGAGUAACCUAACUACCUCGGUAAAUAUGGAAAGUGAAUCAAGAAAUGAAACUACUGCUGAAAAAGUAGAAAAUAUGGAGAAAAUAGAAAAUGGAGAAUCUCAGGUAUCCAAACUAAGAGAAAAGCUGCAGUUGAUUAAUGCUCUGUCAAGCAAAUCAGAUAGUGAACGAUCUGAAGCACUUAAAGUAGAAAAUUCACAGAGCAUCACAUCAGAGCCUACAAAACUUCCAAGAAUUUCUUCAAGAUCACUUGGCAAUAAUGUUGAGGGAAGUCGACACCCAAGAAGCUUGUCCUUACCUGGAAUAUCCAACAUAGAAGAUCUUCACAAUUUAUUCAGGACUUCUAGCCAAGGCACUAAUGACAAGUUAUCAUAUGAGGACCUGGAAAAUCUGGUUGAAUCUACAGUGGAUGAUCCACAGAGUUUUCAGGAAUUUGAUGAAGAUGGAGAUGGAAGAUAUUCUAUAUCAGAACUGAAAGUAGCAUUGGGUCUAUAGUAUCUUUUCUUAUAAACACAGUAUUGAAGGACUACAGUAGCUAUUUUUUUUUUUAAAGAAAAACAAUUGAAUAAGUAAAAGCUACUUAUAGCACUUUUCCCAGUGAUCUACUAGUCCCAUGAUGGCGAACCUAUGGCAUGCAUGCCCUAAGUGGCAUGCGGAGCCAUGUCGCCUGGCACAUGUGGUGUCGCCCGUUCCUCUUCUGUGUUUCUGGUGCGCAUGUGCACACGACUAUCAGCUGGCCUUUGUGCGUGUGACAAUGCCAGAAACUGGAAGAGCUGGUCUUCCGUUUUCCAGCAUGCGCAUGUGCACUAGCCAGCUGAUCGGCAUAUGCACGGCAGUAACUGGAAGACUUGCAUGUAUCCGGAAACCAGAAGUACCUUAUCUGGCGUGCGCAUGCCCCCUGGGCAGCUCCUCUUCCUGGUUGCUGACGAGCAACAUACUCCCUUUUCGGCACUCGGUGUUGAAAAGGUUCGCCAUCUCUGUACUAGUCUUUGAAGUUAAUUUAAUGUAUCAAUUGACACCUUUUAAAUUUUCUGUUCUUUGGAAAAUAGUGAAAAGUUUUUAUAUUUUUAUCUGUUGUAACAUAAGAUAUGUUGACCCCUGAAAGUUUUUCCAACUUUUGAGGCCCUGAUCCAGGGGUAAAUAGCCAUGCCUAAGUCUGUUUAUGCAAACAGGGCCUAUUAAUAGCAAAUACAUUAUUGCAUUGGUUUGGAUUCCCACAGAACUAGGGACAUUUUAUUUGUCCUGAAUCACAGCCCCAGGAUUGCAUUGCAUUGAAUUGAAUAGUUGUAAUGAAAAUGAUAAUUGCACCUUAUGACGAAGAAAUUUAUCUCAGAGUUCUUAUUUCCCUUAUAAGGGAAGCUCGUCUUCAAGUUAAAAUAUGUGUAUAUAUUGACAAACUUGAUUUUAUAUUUCAAAUUUGCCUUAAAUUAGCUGCACUUUAGAAUAAAAUAUAAAAAUCUGAUUUGCAGGAUGGGAUUCUUCCGUUUGUAAAUAUUUAAACUAGAAUAACUUAUACAUAUUUGGGUCUAAUUUUCAUCAAAAAUAAUCAAUGUUCCAGUUUGUAUUAAGUAAAAGUCGACAAUAGAAAACAUUUCUUCUUCCUAGGAAUUACACUUGUAUGACACUCCUUUCGUAUACUUGUUUGUGAAUCACUGGAAAAUUUUGUGCUAUUCAAGGACUAACUUUUAUGCCAGACUCUAAAGGAAACUUCAGUUCUUGAAAUCGAGAUAAAAUGAGAUUCUGAGAAACAGGUUGUAAGAAUAAUAAUUUCUUCUGAUUUUAAACAGAUCACAGAUUCAUUGUUAUUUUCAGUUUUAUGAAGGAUUCCCAUUGGAAACACUGCAAUAUUUACUUCAGUUUUUCUCAUUGCAUUGGUGAUUCUUUAUUCAAUUAACCUUCCCCAAUUUAACAGAGGAUUAAAAGUGGUGUUAAUGGUUAGCAUAGUUAAUAUUAUCAGUAAUUAGGAUACUCGCAGAAAAGAGUGAGGUGAUAAGGACCAAAUUAUAUUUUGUACUAAGUACAUCUUUGUGUUUUUGCUCUGUAAUUGGCUGAUUUAUUUUAACAUUAAUUUCAAUGUGAAGUUCAACUGGAUGAGACUGUGGCAUGGAUGUACUAUUUUCUCCACAUUAUAAUUAAAUCUCAUGCUUCUAAAAUUGCAGUUUGAGAAAGAUUUCCACUAGGAGUACAGCAUCUUCCUAUGUACUAUGGCCUAUCAAGAUUAGUGAGUUUUUGCCUUAUUAAAAAAAACAGAUGUGUUUGUGAAUGUGAAGUCACUUUUGGUGAUGUGGCAUGAGCUAUAAACUUGGAAAUUCAAAGCAUUUUAAGCUGCUGCAUUUUAUUUUAUUUUAUUGUUAUUGACAACAUCAGAUGUUGUCAGGCAAACAAAUGGUAGGAUUUUAUUUAGUAAAUAACCUCAUAUAAAUAUUAUUCUCUGUAUAAACCAAACACAGCAAGGUUUUCUAAUGUGCCACUAUUAUUAUAAAACUGUUUUAAAAGGCUAUGUCGAGUAAAAUGCUGUCAUAGUUUUUGGCUUUCUUUACAGUUUUUAGUUUAACAAAUUUAAGUUCUCAGGAAUCUUCAUUGCCCAUCACAAAAUUCAGGCUUCUUGGGAGAAUAAUGGCAGUGGUUUCUAUCAAAGUACUGAGCACUGGUAUACUAGAAUAUGAUGUAAACAGAUGCCUUCCAAAAAUUUAAUAAAGUUUUUUGAAAACCAGAUUCCCUUAUCUAGAUAAUUACCCAGAAUGCAAAUUUUUUCCUUAGGUUUAUGUUAGCUAUACUCAUUAAAGCGCAGAAUUCAUAUUGCAAGGUAACUGAACACCAGUAUUCUUUUGGAUAAAAUUAGUUUUAUAUGCUUUGUGUAUAAAAACCAUUGACCAAAUAAAGCAAUAACAAUUAAAUAUAGCAGUAUUUGUAUGUGUGUAUGUCAUAAGAUUGUAGAGCAAAAUAUUGAAGGUAUUUUUUAAAGGUGGCUUAUGAUCCAUAUGAAAAGAAUGACUUUUAAUCUCAGUAUUAAGUUAAUAAUCAUGAGCACUUUUAGGAAUUGUUUUUAGAUACAUUUUUGUUGUGAGAGAAAUCUCACUCCAAAAUUUUUGAUCCAAUUUAGAAGCUGAAGUCAUAGUCUUCAGUAACUCAAUACUGUAUUGUAAGAGAAAUAUGUAUUUGAAAUCUAUCCUACAUUAAAGGAAUGCUUUCAUUAGAAAAAAAUACCUAAGGUUAAUUCAUACUUUAUGUUAUAGAGCACGAAGGAAGGUAUAAGGUAUCACUUGAAUGACUGCUGGGGGUCCUUAGCAUACCAGCAUUUCCUCACGUGUGUAUGUCAUCACUGAGAAAUAAGGCAUUCAUAUUAGGCAAAUUUAGGGACAUGAAGUGAUGAAAUGUCUAAACUCUGAAGUGCAAAAGCUUGCAAAUUUCCCCUAUUUGCAAGCCUUUUAGAAAGUUAACUCUUCAUAUAAAAUCUUGAAGUAAUUCUAUCUUUCUGUUUUUGAAUAUAACUAGAGCCUUCAAAAUACAUUGUUUGUCUUAUGAAGUAUUUCUUCUAAUUUACAAUAUUUGUGCAUUUAGAAGUAAAUUUAUGCAUACUAUCAGGAAAGGAAAAUAAGUAUGGCAAUCCGAGUACUAUAAAUUGGCUCAAAUAAGCAUAUUCUUUGAAAUUAUUUCAGGUUAAUUAACAAUGUGCACAAUAGCUGUACAGCAGAAUUGAUUUGAAAUUGAAUAUGCAGCGUUCUUGCCUGCCUUUUUCGGGAAGGUUAUGUAAGGAAGAGUAAUGGGAAUUAACUAAACUACUGGUCAAAAUCCUGGCAUUUCUCCCAUUUUACCUUCAUCAUCCUUAAGGUAUAACACUCUUCUGAACUGAUGCCACAAGUUGUAUCAUGUCUAUCAGCCAUGCUGAGUAGGAUAGCUAGAAGUGGUAACAUAUUUUAGAAAAACACAAGAUUUGGAAAUGUUCAUGUGGAUAUUAAUCUACAGGUUUUUUUCAGUAUUCACCUUCAUAGGUGCCCAUGAAAUGGACUCAUCUAUUUAGAUUGGUAAUAACAGAAGGCUUCAAAUGAGUGCUGGAUUUAUUGAAAUGCUUCCAAUGAAUAUAUUAUUUUAAAAAAAUUAGGUUAUUCAGGUAUUUCACGCAACAAUAGAAUCCCUUGAUAAAAUUAGGGACAUUCAGAAUAGAAAGAAUAGGGACAGGGUAACGUAACAGUGGAAUGUAUUGUAUCUUUUGUGAUUGCACAAAAAAUUCUAGUGGCACUUAAAAAGUAAAAAUUACUUGAUUGCAGAUUGUUUUUUUGUUCAGAUAAUCAUAUGAAAAGAAUUAAUAAAAUUAAGAUUUAUAGAAAAGGGUAGUUUAUUUGUAUGGAGAACCAUAACAUUGUAAAGGGAAAAAUUCUUAAGGGUUUUGAAAGAUCAAAACCUGUUUCUCUUGUAUGGGAAUGUUGGCUGUACUUAAAAGUAGUACUGCUUUUUAUGCUAUUAAAAAAAAGAUCUUGAUUUUAUAUCUCCAGAGUGAAAAUUAUGUCAUUUUGAAUAUGAAUAAUUAAUCCGAUCUUUAAAAUGUUAAAACAAGUUUGUGGUAUGAAUCAUAGUGUUUGUCUAUGGAAUUUGUUCUUUAGGAUUUGUAUUGGAAUCCACUGCACUGAAAGUACACUGGUUUUACAUUGUAUAAAAGCAAUUGAUUUGCAUUGUCCUACUUAAACUGAUUGAAAUGGUUUAUAAAAUUGGGCCUCACAAAUGUGCAAAAGCUCUAAUGGAGUGGAUGAAAGCUGGAUUUAGCUGUUGCAUUUUGCACCUAUUAUGCAUUGUGAAUGUCAAAUCUAAAUAAAAUAGUUUGUUUUGGG